GACUGAAGGACCCUUUGGCAGGCAUUUAGGGGCAAAAAGAAACUAACCGCUCCAGAACUCAAUCAAUCCCCAUUAUACUCCAUUAUCAAUCCCCAUUAGAGCUUCUGUCCAUCUCUUUCUCCCUCUGUCUCUCUCACACUCACUUCCCUCUCACUGUGAAUGGCAGAACUCCUCUCCACACUAAAAAAUGCUUAACAUUGGUUAGACAGCGUAUCUCAACGGACAGCAGUGAUGAUCCUAAGACACAUAUAUACAGAAGAAAAAAUAUAUGAAUGUAUCCCAAAUUACCCAGUCACUGCAUGUACUCCCAAUAGCAAAAGAUAACCUUAAAUCAAACAGUAACAGUUUGAAUGAAUGGGUGUUUACUUUUUUUUUUUUUUAUCACCCGAACACACAAGUAUUAAACACACGGUGCGUUUUUCUCUCACAUGACAUCAUCAUAGCCGAUCAUUACAGAGUGUACAGAAUAUUGAAAUGAAUUCUAAAUUCUGAAUUCUACAGAAUUCUGAGUGUGCAGAGUGCUGAGGAGUAUUGAAUUCUGAAUUCUACAAUUUCACUCGUUAUUGUUCAGUGAUAACUGCAGUGUCCCCAAUCUGUGUUGAAGACUGCAGCCAAGUGACCAGCUGAUUGAUUUAGCGAGAGGCGAGACGAGACGAACCGAGACGAGACGAGACGAGACGAGACGAACCGAGACGAGACGAGACCUCCUCAAAAGUGUGGCCGAGUCACUCGGGUUCUGAGUCACCAUGAGCUGGAGCUUCUUAACCCGCCUCUUAGAGGAAAUUCACAACCACUCGACAUUCGUGGGGAAAAUGUGGCUCACGGUCCUCGUGGUGUUCCGGAUCGUUCUCACUGCCGUGGGCGGCGAGUCCAUCUACUACGAUGAGCAGAGCAAGUUUGCCUGCAACACAGAACAGCCGGGCUGCGAGAACAUGUGCUACGAUACCUUCGCGCCGCUCUCGCACGUCCGCUUCUGGGUAUUCCAUAUCAUUCUGGUGUCCACGCCCUCUCUGGUGUACCUCGGCUACGCCGUCAACAAGAUCGCACGGUUGGAGGAAGGCAAAGAGGGCGUGGUUAGGAAAUCUUCCAAGAGCAGAAAGUUUGACCUGGACAGACGUCAGAACCGAGGUCUGGAGGACGCCGAAGAGGACCAGGAGGAAGAUCCGAUGCUUUACGAUGUGACCGUCGAAACGGAAAUCCAGAACAACAGUACACCUUCGGGUGCGACGGGAAGUGGUACAAAAGCGCGACAUGACGGACGGCAGCGAAUCCAGCAAGACGGAUUGAUGAGGGUUUACGUCAUCCAGCUGGUCGUUCGGUCCGCUUUAGAAAUAUGCUUCCUGAUCAGUCAGUACGCACUUUACGGUUUCACCGUCCCGGGUCUUUAUGUGUGCUCGAGCAAACCGUGCCCUCACCUUGUCGAUUGUUUUAUCUCACGUCCGACCGAGAAGACGAUCUUUUUGUUCAUUAUGUACGCCGUGACCAUACUCUGCUUGCUGCUCAACGUCUGGGAGAUGCACUAUCUUGGACUGGGCACCAUGUUCAACCUCCUGCUGGCCAGAAAGCGGCGUGACGGCCCGGAUGACAACCUCGCUGCAUGCGAGGAUAAUGGACACGGAGGAUACGGCGGGUACGCGCCGUCCCGGUCGUCUCCUUCAGCGCCGCCGGACUACGACAUCGCUGUGAAGGCGGAAAUGGCGCCAUUUAAACAAAAGGAGGAGGAGGAGUCACCCAGGGAGCAUCAGCAACAGUACGGAAGCACAGAAGACGACUUCGUCCAGGUCCAGAAACCAGAGGAAAAGAACAGAAAGGCAAAGCAACAGCAUGACCAGAGGAAACAACGUGAACGUGAACGAAACAAGCAAAACAGAAGCAGAGGGGCUCGAGGAGGCAGCCGCCGCAGCAACAGCAAGUCGGACGAAGGGAAGCCGUCUGUUUGGAUCUGAGACACAGACGGAGGAGAUCCAAACGCCCCAACACCAAAGCUGAACUCGUAUCACUGAGACUGAGACCCGUACAGAGGAUUGUGGAUAACGGCAGUAAACCUGUAUCCGCAGGCCUCGUAAACACAGCCGGUGAAAGAAACAUGCAGAGAACGUUUAUGUUGUUUUUGUUUUCUUUUGCUGUCUCAGGAGAAGAGCAGCAGCGUGCGCACACACAGCAUCCACACGCUGCUAGCAUGAGGACUUCUUGUUAUUGAUUCUUUCUGUUAAAGCUGAGUUGCUGUUGGUCUUGUUUUCUUCUUCUCAUUUGUUUGUGCUGCUAUUACGCGCCUGUAAGUUCUUGUAAUGUUUUAUUUUCUCCUCAUUAGGUUUGAAACACGGAUUCUUUGUCAGAAAGUUCCUCGUUCAGCCCGGAGCAAUAAAAUACUUUAUAUUUA